CCUGCCGCUGCGACCUUCUGGCGCGGGGGACUUCCGGUCCCCCUCCCCCGCCCUGGAGUUUUGUGUGUCGGAGCGGUUGGCCCCAGCCUAGAGCCGUUUUGCCUCCCUCCUAGUCCCCUCCCCGUGUUUGUCCUCAUGGAUCCUCCCGGGCAGGUAGGGCGGGGCCUCCCAGGAGGCGAGCGUGGCGGCCUGAGCCAGAAUCCUGUAGCUUACGUACCAACAGAGGAUGAAAGAAGAAUUUUCAGGGAAUGCAACGAAGAGAGCUUCUGGUAUAGAUCUCUGCCAAUUUCUGCAGUAAGCAUGAUUGUCACUCAGGGAUUAAUUCAUAAAGGAAUUCUCACCACUCAUUCAAGGUUUGGCUCUCUUCCCAAAGUUGCAUUUGCUGGUAUAUGUGGAUAUAUUGCUGGAAAGAUUUCUUAUCUGUCGAUCUGCCAGGAGAAAUUUAAGAAACUGGAGAAUUCUCCAAUAGGAGAAAGUAUACGACAAAGGCACAGAUCUCUUCCACAUGAAUAUGCUGAUAAAAAAUCAGAGUUUGCAAAUUUGCCGCCUCAGUCAUCUUUUGGAUCUCAAACACCUGCAGCCCCACUUUCUUCCAGCUAUUCACAUGAAUAUAGUUCAACAAAUCAGUCCCUCUCUAACUAUGAACCAAUUCCAUUCAGUUCUUCUUUGAAUGAAUCUUCUCCUACUGGAAUUACUGAACAUAAUGCUGCAGAACCAGUUCCACUACUACAGGAAAGUCCUAAAAGAAAAAGUGUCUCAUAUGAGGAGUUAAGAAAUAGAAACAGAGAGACAUAUGAAGUAGCAUUAACACAAAAGGGAGAGACUCCAGCGAAGUCUUCACAGGAGAGACCAUUUAAAAAAGAAGUUAAAGUAAACAAGUAUGGAGAUACUUGGGAAGAAUGAGAACUGAAUCUUGCAUGUACGGAAGGAAGUUGUUAUCUUCAAUCAGUUAACUUCAGCUCCAUCUGUGUUGGUUAUGAAUAUCUGCACAGUUUGGUGUAUUCUGCCAAAUUGAAAUAUGUUACAAUAAAGGAGACUAGAUUUUAUUUUUGACUUUCCAGAAGAGUUAAAAAAUUACGGAUUGUAGGCUUAAUAUUAUGUAGAUUUGCACCGUUGGAAAACCAGACUAUUGAGGAGUACAGUGAUUUUAACCAGUUUGGUAUUCUUUAGAAAUAAUGAAUACGGGGUAGCUAGCACUAACUUUAUAAAUCUGUAGUAAGCGAUAAGGCAUGGACAUAUCUGAACAGACUAAUUCAGAUGUAUUGAUAUUGUGAAGAAAAAAAAUCUUUUCAGAUUAUUCAAGACUCCCAUUAAAAGUCACUCAAUAAAACAUAUUCUCUCA